UUAUUAUUUUUGUUUCGGCCAUGCCCUUACUACGACAAGACAAGUUCAUCUUGCGGAAUAGUACAUCUUGGUUAGUCUCCAUUGAUAAAAAAAUAAGUAUGAAGAUUGUACGCGAAUGAAAUCGAUGUAUCUUAAUUAAUCUUUCAUAAGUUUUAUAAAUAUUAGUAACUAUAAGCGUUUUUUUACAAAAUCGAUCGAGUUAAUAGUACAUAAAACGCAGAAUAGACUAAAUUAUCAUAGUUCGUAGAUCAGUACAUAAAAAAAGAAGUAAAUGGAAAUGCUAUUCAACUCAGUUCUGUUGUACUUGUUGAUUGGCAUAAAAAACUAGGUACAUCGUUGUGGCUAUCAUUUGAGUAUUUUUUUUUCAAAGCUUAACAUAUCAUUCAAAACAUGGAAGUUAUUGGUGAUUAUGAAUAUAGCAGCGCUAAUCGUUUGGGAUUAGGAGCUUUUGCAAUUGUUUUCAAAGGCCGUUCCAGAAAGAAACCUGAUAUGGACGUUGCAGUCAAAACAAUUAUGAAGAAAAAUAUACCUAAAACUCAAAGUCUUCUUAAAAAAGAAAUUGAUAUUCUGAGGAAAUUGACAGUUCUACAGCACGAUAAUGUUGUCCACCUUUUGGAAUGUCUGGAUACUGAUGAUGCGUUUCAUUUGGUGAUGGAGUACUGCAACGGUGGAGACUUACAAGAUUACUUAAAUGUGAAAGGAUGCCUUAGUGAAGAUACAAUACAGAUUUUUUUAAGACAACUCGCGGGUGCAAUGUAUGAAUUUAAUAAACAAGGAAUCCUUCAUAGAGAUUUAAAGCCACAGAACAUUUUGCUAAAGUUUUCAGGAGAAACUCGUUAUCCAGAACCACACCAAAUUACAUUAAAAAUUGCUGAUUUUGGAUUCGCUAGAUUUUUGGAUGAAGGUGUAAUGGCUGCUACCAUGUGUGGCUCCCCGAUGUAUAUGGCGCCUGAAGUUAUAAUGUCAUUGCAGUAUGAUGCUAAAGCUGAUUUAUGGAGUUUAGGUACGAUUAUUUUCCAAUGUUUGGCUGGUAAAGCUCCAUUUUUUGCCAAUUCACCUGCCGGCUUAAAACAAAUUUAUGAAAAAACAAGCAACUUGAUGCCAAAGAUCCCUCCAGGAACAUCAUCAGAUUUGUCAAACUUAUUAUAUGGCCUUCUUAAAAGAAAUCCUAAAGAUAGAAUAUCAUUUGAAGCAUUUUUCGAUCAUCGAUUUUUAAAAAUGAAGCCUCCACCAGUAACUAUGCCAUCUCCACUUGCUGCUAGCCCAAAAACACCAUCAGUUUUUGAUCAAGGUUAUCAAUAUUCAGCUAGUCCUGAUCUUUCUGAUGAAUAUGUUAUAGUGCCUUCAAAUUUGCCAGCAUACUCUCAAGAGAAAGAAAUUAGUGCUAGUCCUCCACGUCCAAGUACUUUAUGCAUACAAACCCAGCAAGACUACAAUAAUGCUCGAUCUCCAAAAUCUGUGCCUAGAUCUCAGCCGAUUACAAUGAAUGCUAGACCUUCAAAAAACAUAAGUGGGCCAGAUUUUUGUUCCAUAUCGCCACCUUCCGUACAAUUUAUGCUUGGAACACCCCCUUCUGGAAGAAGAACUUCAGAAACACCACCCUAUAAUACAUGGAACAUUACUCCAACUAGUUCGCCACUAAAAAAAUCUGUUCUAAGUUCUCCAAUAUUGACACAGCAAUUUAUGUACAAUACUAAUCAAAAACCAGGCACUGUAGGACUUCCCUUCAGUAAUAAUAAUCGUACCAUGACCUUACCCGAACUUGGAAACAUUACGUUUCCUGAACUUCCCCAAGAAACAAUAUUAGAAAAAGAACACAUUGAGACAUUAGCCAAGUUAAACUUUGUACUAGCGUUAGUCGAGUGUAUUGUUGAAUGUGCUUCCCCUAAAAGACCACGUUAUGAAAGAUUAGUAUUACUUGUUAGAGCUCUACAACUACUGAGCUCAAGCCUAAGUAUUGCUACCUCUGAACUGAAAGCCGGUCGAUUACAACCCUCGACAAAUGUCAAAAAUGUCGUACAGCAACUGAAUGAAACCUUUCAUAAAGUAAUGGACGAUUGUAAACAGAUCAAUGUACCAAACAUGCUACAUAAUACAUCUACUUCAGCUACAUCGGCCGAAAAAUUAUUGUACGAAUAUGCCAUAGAAAUUUGUGCUAAAGCAGCUUUGAAGGAACUGGGCAACACGCCAUAUGAUUAUUUUAAAUCGUAUCAAACAGCACAAAUACUUUUACAUAGUCUAUCUCAACAAGUUAGCUCUCCUCAAGAUAAAGAAAUAUUAGUUAAAUAUCGUGAUGCAGUUGAAAAGAGAUUGUCUAUUCUGCAGGAGCAAGGUUAUGUUUACUCAAAUACAGUAAAUGGAAAUAAUUCAUCAUAAUUAAUAUAGAGUAAAAAACAAAUCUAAAUACAUGCAUUAUUCUAGUCUUAAUUAUAUUUUUAUGUCAUAAUACUUGAUGUUUAUUAACAAAUUGUUGUGCGGUCCUUUUUUUUACUUAAUAUUAUAAACGACAAAAGAAAAUUAUAUUGAUGUAUUAUCUAUUAAUGUUUUCUAAUAAAACAUAAAAGGCUUUUAA